AAACCAAAAAGCAGUUGGUGGAUCUCCUAGUCUAGUUUAGUCUUUCUAAAUAGCACUGAAAUCUGUCACCAAACCUCAACCACAGACAUUCAGUACACUUUUGUUUUUAAAUAUCGGAACAAGAAGAUCAGAUAAGCAUCUGUAUCGUGAGAAAUAUGGACCAGAGAAUGUGAGGAUGUAAUAAAAGCAUGUUAACUGCUAGAGAGGACAGCAGGUUGUUUUCAGAAUGAAGUAUUUUGGAUUUGCCUUUAUUCUUUUCCUCACGGAUAGAGCAGCAGGGUUUGGGACCACCCCACAUCUUAAACAGAUUGUCAUUGGUCGGUGCUAUGAAUAUGUAACGCUGAUUAACCCCAGCUCCAGGUAUAAUUGUGAGGAGAUCUGGCAGGAGUUUGAAGAGGCUGUCAUCAGGCAAUCUCCUUGUGGUGUGAGAGUUAAAGAUUACCAGAGAAUGUUCCGGGCCAGCACUCAGAUCUUACCAUGUGACAAGUUGCUCUUCUGGAGUAAGACGAGAGAUCUCAUGCACAGCUAUGCAGCUGUCAAAGGCAGUGUCUGGACAUUAGAAAACACACUGGUGGGAUUCAUGUUCAAUGACCUGAUCUGGUGCAGACAGCAGGACAGAGAGAGAGGUUUCGACUAUCACACCUGUCCUGAAUGGUCAACAUGUUUGAACCAUCCUGUGUACUCACUAUGGAAGCAAGCUUCUGUGAAUUUUGCAGCAGCUGCCUGUGGCAAUAUUACAGUGUUGCUAAAUGGAUCCAUUCAUCAAGCUUUUAACAGAAAAAGCAUGUUUGGCAGUGUGGAACUGGAAAAUCUCAACCCGAGGAUGGUCUUCCAUGUUCACAUUAAUGUCGUAUACAACCUGGAGGGACCCUUUGUGGAGUCUUGCGCGCAGGGUUCUAUCAUGGGACUCACAGAGGUUUUAACAACACGAGGCUUCCACUGGACCUGCACAGACAAUGACUUAACUCUGAUAAUCCUGCAGUGUAUAAAGAAUCCCCAAUGGGCAGCCUGUCAGAGAUGUUCCAACAGCCUUUAACAGAGAGAGAAGCCCUUUUUAGAGUAUUACCAACUGGACAGCUACCAAAGUGAAUCUAGACCCAAAUGCAAAAUAUAAAUGAAUGAUUCUCACAAACAAUGUCCAUGCAAUGUCAAAAAAUUAGAAUGAGGAGAAUAAUGAUGGUUCUCAAAUGGCCUAUUUCUCCCAAAAUAGUAAAUCAAGUUUUGCUUUAUUUUUUUAUGUGGACCAGCCAUAUCUUUUUGUGAAUACACCCACAGUUUGUAUAAUAUGGCCACACAUUCAUCCCACUGUAUUUACAACUGUCUGUGAUGGAAAAACACCCGAGAAACAAUAUCAAGAAAAACAUUAUUAAUUGCUUUUUAUUUAUGCAAAGUCUAAGGAAUAAUGUUUGAAGGUCAGAAGUUUGCUCAAAUAUAGCCACAUUUGCCAUUCACAGACGUGUAUAUCCAUGAUUCAUCUCCAUACACCAGCAGGUUUGAUGGUUGUAUGGAUGCUAUGUACAGUAUAUGCUAAUGGAGUACAAAUGCUGUACCAGUAUAUCAUUGUAAACAUCUCUCCUUCACAAGUCACUACUGUUGUUUUAUUCUAUUGACAUGCAUUUAAAAACUGUCUCUUUAGGGCUUAAAGUAUGAAAUGAUUAUUUUAAAAAUGCUGUAUUUUUUCUUAUCAGCUGUGUAAAUUUAUUUACAUUUGAUGUUGUGAAUAAAG